UCAGACGUAGUGGCCGCCAUUUUGCUGUACGUCACAACAACACCUCGCAGCACGCAACAGGCCGCCAUUUUGAUGUACGGCUCGCAAACAUCCUCCAGUCUUUUUUGACUGUACGUUGGAAUAAAGUUAACUGUCCUGGUCUGUGACAGCGGAGGGGAGGGAACAUGGUAAUCUCCUGCGUGGCAGUAAACUGCACUAACCGUCAAGGGAAAGUGGAUACUGAGGUAUCAUUCCAUAGGUUCCCAAUCCACAAUCCGAGACGCCUGGCCAAAUGGGAGCGGGCCGUGAGGCGAGAGAACUGGGUGCCCAACAAGUACUCCUUCCUGUGCAGCAAACACUUCGCGCCGGACUGCUUCCUGCUGCGCUGUGACGACCAGCACCGGCAGCUGAAGGCGAGCGCCGUGCCCACCGUGUUCGACUUCACCCCCAAGGACAGGAGCACGGGGGGCCACCUGCGCAAGAAGGUGCUGAGCACGAAGGUGUCGGAGGAGGAGGAGGAGGAAGAAGAAGAGAAGGUGGUGGUGUCACGCAGAGGCCUGGUGAGGGACAUGAGCAUGAGCCCCAACCAGGACGAAGAGGGUACAGAGCCCAGGGGUUCUGAGCACAUCCCUGAGGUGGUGGGAAACCUGCCCCUCUCUACUGCGGCACAGCAGGUUGCAGGGGAGUGGGUCCAAGAUGGGGGCCUGGAGGAGGCUUUCGAGCCCUCUUCCCGCACCCUCAUCGAUGCCCUGCACUCGUACAGCAGCUGCUCUCGCCCGGAGCGCCGAGUCUGGGUCGGUGGGCAUCGAGCCCCGGGGGAGGUGGCCGCUGUCAAAAGCGAGCUCGGCCGGGGGCCUUGCACCAAGGCCGAAUGUAAGCACGGCCAUUAUUAUAGAUCGAGCCGGAGCCUGGCACGGCGGUUGCAGCUGCAGAGGCGGGCAAGGUGUCUCCGUACAGCGGUGCGGUUGAAGAGGUUUAGGACGUAUGUGGGAGCUGCACGAGACGUCCCUCUGAACCCGGCCGUCCUGCCCCUCGACUGGCUGCUGGGCUCCUGGGAGUCGGACGAGCCCGGCGAGGGCUCCUUCCCCACCAUCCCGCCGUUCCGCUACACGGAGACGCUGCACUUCUCCCACGUGGGCCAACCCGCGAUCAACUUCACGUUCAACGCCUACCACUCCGAGACAAAGAAACCGCUGCACAGGGAGUGUGGCUUCAUCCGCAUCCAGCCCGGGACCAACCGAGCGGCCUUCAUCAUCGCCCAGAACUCCGGCCUGGUGGAGAUUGAGGAAGGAGAGCUCUCCGGUCACCAGCUGUCCCUUCAGAGUCAGGCCCUGGCCAGGAUGUCCUUCGCGAAGGAGCCUCACGUUCAGCAGAUCUGCAGACUUUUCCAGCUGAGAGCGGACGGCAAGUUGGAGCAGACCGUUUCUAUGGCAACGGGGGACCAGCCCCUUACACAGCACUUGCACAUCACUUACCGCCGGUCUUCCUGACGGCCUAGCGGUCCGAGCAGAAAACAUGGCAUCCAGAAACUGGGCAGUUCGUCAGGUCACUGACAAGCGUCUCAUCUACUGUAACACGUAUUUCCUUUGCUCAGGUAACCGUUAGUUCUGGGUAUAUUGUGGCCUCUGUCGCUCAUGUACAGCUCCUGCUGAGUGUGACGGUCACGCAUUUUCAACCUUCUUUCUCCUUAGCCACUUAUUCACAUGUAGACACGCUUUGGAAAUUUAAUGAUGAAAUAUUUCUUAGAUAACAUCCAUCAGUAAAAAAUUACAAUCCAGACUGACUUUUUGUGUGCUGUAGUUUCAGCUGCAGUUCUCUGGAACAUUUGAAUGUUUUUCAUCAUGUGUGUUUGUCAUUGGAUUUCAUUGCUAGUUCAUGAUUUCUAUUAAAAAUUUCUGG